AUGUUAAAGUUAAAAGAAUGUUUAGCACACUAUAAAUCGAUAAUCGCAAGCAUGGUAGCAAACGGCCCGUUUUCUAAUCUUACCACAAAUCAUUUAAACAGCAACAACCGUGGCAACGACGAAAAAGCAUUAAAAAAUAUUAUUAUGAGUUUGCCAACAGAUCUUCUCCAUCCGAUUGAAUCUUGGUCAAAACAAGAUGUAUUAAAAUGGAUUCAAUGGUGUGUUGAAGAGUACGCCCUUGGUGAUGUUAAUAUAAACGAUUAUGAAAUGAAUGGCAAAGCUUUACUACUUCUUAAUGAAGAAAGUUUUAAACAACGAUCUCCUCGAUGUGGAGAUGUUCUUCAUAAAGCGUUACAACAACACAUUGCUAUUAUCAAAUCUCUUAGCUGUCAAGCUUUUCAAUAUCAGUUUUGGAAUAGUUAUCAUCCUCUGCAUCCAAAUCGUCGUCUAGGUGUAAAUAUUCCUUCGACAACACCUAAUACAACUACAUUUCCUUCCACAAAUCAGCAUCUAACAAAUGGUCAUUUGAGCACACAUCCGGCAUUUAAUUUUCUUUUGCCCCGAUCGUCUGCUUCAUCAGUUCUAUCCAAUAACAACGAAUCAUUGCAUCACAAUAGUUUAUUUCGACCCGGUUCAUCUUCAUCUACGUAUUCUUCUCAACAUUCAUCACCCACACUUCAUCAACCAUCUAUUACACCUGUUCAAUUGACACUAUUAAAUUGUACGGCGUCACGUCCAAGAGCACCACCGCCUUCACAUAAUAGCACUCCUUUAACUCCUCCACCAGUCAACGAAUUGCAAUUCCUUCAGAAAAAUUUAUCAUCAGACUUACCAACAGAUCAUGAUCAAAACCAAGGUGCAAAUUUACGUUACAAAGAUUUUAUAAAUCAGAAACAUUCUUCCAGUAAAACACAGCGAUACAAAGAAAUAAAUAACUCAAAUCUGUAUGGUACUGGUAAUGACGAUCUUCACAAAUUAAUUGAAAAAAACCGUAUUUCACCAACAAGAACAGUAAUACGACAUGAAUCUAAGACAAUUUCGCCCACUAACACCGUAACAUGUUUUAUUAAAAGUGAACAAACGGAUGAUAUUUCUAGUCAAACGAAGGAUAAUAUUCAUAUUAAAAGCGAAGAUGAAGAAGAACUAGACGUUGAAAAAUCACCAUUAGACUGUAGUCAUGACAAUCUGCUUAAAGUUUCAUCUUCCUCACCAUCUCUUCCAUCAUCACCAUCAACAACAACAUCAGGUUUUAACCAGAUAAAAUCUAAUUCUACAUUGUCUGAAUCUCCUAAUGGAACGGAGACUGUUGAAUCGAUGGGUGAUACGAUUGGUGAUACAACAAAACCUUAUAGUGAUAAAACAAGACACAUUCGGUAUUAUCAUGAUAAAAUUGAUUUUCGUGGUGAUAUCCUCUACAAACCAGUGUCAGCAAAAAGUACAAAUUGUCGAAUAUUAUGGGAGUUCUUAUAUAUUCUGUUAGAAGAUCCGGUUUAUGAGUCAAUUAUACGAUGGGAAAAUCGAGAUAAAAUGAUCUUUCGUAUUAUUCAAGCAGACAAAUUAGCAGCAUUGUGGGGUUUACAAAAGAAUCGUUUAAGUAUGACAUAUGAGAAAUUAAGUCGUGGUAUGAGAUACUAUUAUAGCAACAAUAUCAUUCAGAAAGAACAAUCCAAGCGUCUCUUGUAUAGAUUUAUGCGAACACCAGACGAAAUACGAAAAAGUAUGAAACGCAAUGGCGGUACUAAUCCGACCUGGAAUGUGGCAAAAAAGACAAAAAACUCCACUCAACAAGAAACCAAAUACGGUUCAGAAAGUGAUGAUGGAUCAUCACCACAUCGACCAAGAUCAGACGAAUGUAUUCAAGAUUCUGAUCAUCAUAAUGGAAACAGCCGAGUGUUAUCGGAUUCUUCAUUGCCACUACCAUCAUCAUCUUCGUCCACUCAAUCCAAUAUUUUACAAUUAUUUUAUCCUCAAUUCUAUGCCUCUGCAUUGAAUCCAUUAUUAUUUGCACGCUAUUAUCAACGAAAUAAUCUUUCACAAUUUUCAUCACAAGUUAACAAUAUUAUUUCAUCAUCUUCGACGGCAGUCCAUGGUCAUAAUGGAAAUACUGAAAAAUAUAAUUCAAAUAUCAGUACCACAUCAAGUACAAAACAUGGUUCUUACGAUCAUGACAAUAAUGAUUAUAGCGUCAUCACCCCAAAAGUGUCAAUUAAUAUACCAUCAGACCAUGGAAUUAUAACGGCGCUCAAACGUAAACAAUCAUUAUCAAUUGAGAAACAGCAUACAGUUGUUGAUGAACCAUGUUACUUAAAUGUUAUUAAUGAUAAUGAUUCAUCGGAACCACUCGAUUUAGCUGUUAAAGAUAAAGAUGGAAAAAAGCAAAAGUAUACGACUCAUAUUACCAAUGAAAUUCAUGAGAUGAACAGUUUGGCGAAAAUAUGA